AUGUCUUAAAGAUUAUUAAGAAAAUCUCGAACUAAUUAAGCUGAUUAAAGUCAAAGUCAUACGUCACCAGUAUUGAAUGAGGAAGGAAUGAGAAAUUUCAGAAUAGAAUUCUCAGACUUAUCCAGAAAAAGGUUAAGUGAUAGUGGAGAAGUCAAAGAUCCAACAAUCUAUAGCCAAAGAAAAUCAAGGCUAUCUUAAUUUUCAAAUUUAAACAAUAGAUAAAGAGAUUAAAGUGAUCAUAAUCUCAGUGUGCAUCAAUGUACUGCUACCACAAAAUAGUAUUAUCAACUAAAAUGGAAAGAACUCAGUGGAUUACCUAAACAUACUGAUUUAUAAUCAAUACUUAGAACAUUUCUUACUAAAUUAAAAAGAAACGCUAAUAUUUGGGAUCAACUUAAUUAUAAAUAUACUAAUUUUAGAGAAAACUAUCUUUAAGAUGAAGUUAGAUUGCAAUCUUAAUAUAUAUCAUAUAUGAGACAAGCAUUUCAUUAUAUUAGAUUGAUCUCACUUUUAACAGUUCCUAUCUAGGCUGGAUCUCUAUAUAUUGAUUAAUGGAUUCAAGCUUUCAUUAUUUUAUUUUUGGUGAUUGAAUUUAUUGAUUCUCUACUAAAAAUAAAAUUAGUUAAAUUAAACAUGUUUUGUAAUUGCAUUUAUAUUGGAACUUCCAUACUAUUAAAUUUUGAACUCAAUUAAACUUGGAAAUUAGUUUUAUUGAUCUUAUCUAUAAGUGGUUUUUAAUAUUAAUUUUAGUGGAGUAAAUGUACUAUUGCUUUAUUAAUCUUAAUUUAUAUCAAUUAUUUUGCAAAUUUAUGGUCAUUAAUUAAUAAUAAUGAUACUACAUAUUUAGAUUCAAUCAUUUGGACAAUUAAUAAUUGUGUAUAAUAUUCACUAUAUAUAGAAAGUUACCAUUUAAUACAAUUGAUGCCCAAAUAUAAAAUUAAACUAAUCAAAUCAUUAGUGUGGCUUUUUAAAUACUCUCAUUUUACUUUUAAAUACUAUUUAUUUCUGUUUUGAUAAAAUUUACACUUUCAACUAACGAGUAUAAAUAUUUUAUUAAAAUUUAAUUAGAUAAGAAUUAUUUGUCGAUUUUUUGAAACUAAAUAAAGUAGAUUAAAAUCUUAUUGAUGAAGCACAAGAAAUCUUAAAUUAAAAUAUUCAUUCUGAUGAAUUGUAAAGAGUAACUUAUAUAAUAAAAUAAAAUAGGUUAAUAAUUUAAUGUAAUAGUUACCUAUAAAUAUUUAAAAACCAUUAUUCUUUUUAAUAAAGAGCAAGAGAUUAUAAGAAAUUUAAUUUUUUACUCGAUAUUUCUCUAAAUAAUCAAUUGAUGAAAUUGCAUUUGAAUCUGUGUUAAAAUUUUGCAAAUCUAAUGAAAUUAUAGUAGAAAAAGGAUAGUAAGAUGAAUAUGUCUAUGUUGUUUUAUAAGGUGAGAUUGGAAUAUAUGAUAAGAAUGUUUAUAUUCAAAGUUUGCCUGCAAAUUAGGCAUUUGGGAUAGAAAAUUUAAUAAUGAAUUAAGGACAUAAUUUAACGAUGAGAAGUAAAGGAAAUUCAAUAUUAAUUUAAAUAAAUCAUAAUAAAUUUUUUUAGACAAUAAAAAAAAUAAAUAAUGAUUUAGAAACAUUCCAUUCAAUAAAAAAUGAAGUAUUAUAUAUGAAUAAGAUUGAAUUGUUGCUUUAAAAUUGUUAUAUUUGUGGAUAAUUUUAACAUUUAAGUUCUUAAUGCAAUAAAGUGCAUAUAAGUUUGAAUAGGAAUCUAAUUAUAAGUAGACAUUUGUAUACAAAGGCAUAAAAGAGAAAAAAGUUUGAUAGGAAAUGGGAUUAAAGAGUGAAUUCAUUAUACAAUUUUAGAUUGGUAAGAAGUUGUGGGAGAAGAUUAAAAAGGAAUUAUGGGAUAAUAUUGGGAGAUAUUGAAGGAGGAGAAUAGGAAUAUGAAGAGGAAGAUGAUGAAGAAGUUUAUUAAGGACAUCUUUCAUAUAAAGAUCUGACAAAUCCAUCAAGAGUAAGAAUUUGAUCUAAUUAAAGAAGAGUGUAGAAGUAGUGUCAGGUUAAACUCUAAGAGAUAUAAUAUAUCAUGAUCAUAUAGAUAAUGAAGAAUAAUUAUAGUAUUAUCAAUAGUAAUGGUAAUAGUAGUAGUAAUAAGACAUUAAUCGACAUUAAGGAGUUAAAUAAACAUUAUAAACAGCUGGAUUUCAAAAUGAUGAUUUAUAUUUUGGAGAUGCUAUAAAUAUACCAUUAUAACAUAAAUAAUUUACAUAGAAUAGUAAUACAUUUAAAUCAUCAAGUGGAUAGACAUAUCAAAGUCAAAAGAGUUAAUAAUUAAAGUAAUAAUAACAAUAAUAAUAACAACAAUAAUAAUAAUAAUAAUAACAAUCAUAAUAAUAAUAAUAAUAAUAAUAAUAAUAAAUGCCAUAUUAAUCAAAAACAUAUGCUUAGAGUCCAUUGGGUACUAACUAGUUUUUGAUAGCAAACAAUAGAAAUUCUUAACCAAAAUUAACUUUUUCUUAUGAUCCUUUUUAUCAUGAAUAAAAUAAUAGUAAAUAAACAUUGGGUUAACCUUAAUAAGAAUAUUAGACAAUGAUAAGACCAUAAUUUAGAUCAUCAACUAAUUAUGUUCCUAGUGGUGCAACAACAUAAUUACCAGUUGUAUCUGAAGAAAGAGAUUCAUAAUUGAACAUUCCUUAAAUAAAUUUACCUUAUGCAUCAGCAAUAUCAAUAAGUUCUGUUGGAAUAUCAAGUAUCGAUGAUAUACAAAGAAGAGAGGGAUAAAAUAAUACUUAUACAGGUCCUAGAAGAAUGACUUAAAAAUAGACAAAUACAAUAACAAGUACAGUAAGUCCAGAUAUUCAAAAAAAGAAAUCAAUUUCAGGAUCUAAUUCAAGAUCUUAUUCAGCAUUAUCUUCAAGAUAGAAUUAACAUUAUAGUGAUUUAGAUAAUGUAUUAUUUAGAAUAGAUGUUAAAGAUAAUUUUGAUAUAGAUUAAAUAGGAGUAUAUUAGUAAUUCAAACCAUAGAAUAAUUAUGAUUGUGUGGUAAAUUAAAUCAAGAUAUAAUCUAAGAAAUUAAUAAAAUAAAAGAAAAUAAAAUGA